UUGUAAAGGUAUUUUUCUAUGUAUUUUUUGAAAUUGUUGUAGAAUUUAUGAAAUAAGUAUUUCAUUUCAUUCAAAUUAACUGAUAAAAACAUAAAAUAAAUAGAAUAAAUCAUCAGUGUUUCAGAAAAAAAAAUAGAUUAAAUCAUUCUGCAUCAUUUCAAUCUAAAAAUUAAUCCAGUAUUACCAGAAAAUUAUACACCAAUCCAAAACUGAAAGCAAAAAGUAAGCUUAAAAAAAAAAAACAGUAACAGUGAGAAUAAUAAAUGAAAAAAAAUAAAAUAAUGAAAGAGUGUGAGGAAGAAGAAAGUUAUUGGGAGUCCCCUGAACCAGCUCAUUCCGUUCCCCUGAGGCGAUUAUGUCGUCUCACUGUCGCUCUUAGUCAAAACGCUUCUUCUCCGAUCGGCGACCUCCGACGAUUUCUUCGCCGGUCUCUCCCUCUUUGUUUUCCACUUCAGGUAAGUUUGUCUUCUCUUUCCUUCCCCCUCCAUAUUCUACGGAAAACCCUUUUCUCUUGAGAUUUGGGGUUUAAAUAUGCUUCUGGCCCGAGGAAGUGAUCGAUUCUCAGUUGAAUUAAUCGAAAUUGUCUAAUUGGAUUGUAGCAUCGGUAACUUUCUCUCCCCCUCUCCCUUCCCUCGUUGGCUUUUGGGGACCAUUUGGAAAACCCUAGCUAAGGGAGAGUGGGGGGACAGUGAUUGGGGAUCAAAAACCUAACUUAUUGUCUCUGCAGAUAGUUCCCCUUCAUGACUGAGAUUGUUGCCGUUUUUCAUUGAUAGCUUAUUAGCCUUGUGGUUUUAGUUAGGAACCUUCUGGAAAGUACAAUUGACGAAUGUGGUUAGGGAAAGGUUUACAUUUUGUGUGUUUCUUGACAAGUUGCUGCCUUGCUGGUGAACAACUUGUGGGUCCAUUUGAAUAAAUGCCACUUAGUUUUUUUUUUUUUUUUUUUUUUGGUGUGAUGGAGAGAGCAGAUGAGAAAGGUUAGAAAAAGGAAUACACUUUCUCUAUGCCUCUUUUGUUUGUCUGGGUCUGAAACAUAGAAAGCUUUUUCUCUUUCGCUGAUGUUAAGUUGUUAACUGAUAAUAGUUGAUUAGCUGUGUGUGGUGGUGGUGGUGGUGCUUGAGAUUUUGAAAAUUCAGAAGCUUCUUUUUCUUUGUUCUGUCUUAAUAACUUGAAGGGUGUUGUUUAUAAAGGAUUUGUUGGUGGUGUGUGGGUCUAUGAAAGCAAUCCAGAUCUUCAAUGGACUGCAACAUGGCAUCUCCGACGUGGGACUGGGAUCAUUUGAUCAUGUCCAAUCCCUCAAAGACUGAAAACGACGAGAACCAGCAGCCGUCUGCUGAGUGGGAGAUUGAGAAAGGCGAAGGAAUUGAAUCUAUGUUGUUUCCCUGUUUCGAUGGCCUCGAGAAAGUCAGUAGCGGCUCUCCCUCCGGUUUCUGGCACUCGCAGUCGACAUCAACCAACUCUUCAUCUCCCAAAGUCAAACAAACCAACCUUGCGUCAGAAAGUUCCCCUGGAGAUUCUUGCAGCAACGUGGAUUCUGUCCAGGUGAAGGCUUCCACAGCUGCUGAAUCGGAUCUUUGUUUGGAACUAGGGAAGCAGACAUACUCUGAAGAAUUUUGGUGUAGAGACAAUAAUGACCUUCAAGCCGUUUCUAUGAAUGCUCGUAAGAAACAGAGCGUUCAAGUCCCGCGUUGCCAAAUUGAUGGCUGUGAGCUGGAUCUCUCAUCUGCUAAGGACUAUCAUCGCAAGCAUAGAGUCUGCGAUAACCACUCAAAGUGCCCGAAAGUUACUGUGGGUGGCCUGGAACGUCGGUUCUGCCAACAGUGUAGCAGGUUGCAUGCCGUCUCUGAGUUUGAUGAGAAGAAACGAAGCUGCCGUAAACGUCUUACGCAUCAUAACGCGAGGCGUCGUAAGCUGCCAGGAAUGUUUCCAUUGAAUCCAGAGAGGGUUUGCAAUCCAAGACAGCAUACAAAUAUGUUGUGGAAUGAGUUGUCUCUAAACACGGAAUCUGAAGAAACGUUUGCAUGGGAUACAACUUAUGAUACAAAGCCUACACAGAUAGAAAGCGGCUUUACUUUGAGCUUCCAGAGGGGCCAUGGCCGCCCUGAUGAGCAGGUGGUUGCUGGUAGCAGUCGCUCUUUCUCUCCGUAUCAAACCUCUGGCGGGUUCCAACUUCCCAGCAAAGGUGGUGUAGGAGAAUACUCAGGAGGCCUCAAUGAAUCGCAAGAUUUCUACAGUGCUCUCUCUCUUCUGUCAACGUCUUCGGAUUCACGUGGGACCAAACACAAUCCCAUGGUCGAGUCACAGCCAAUACAUGGCACUUUCCCUACUCAUUUUAUGUAAAUGCGUAAGGAAUGCGUAAGUCACAACUCCAUGAGAAAGUCAGGUUGCAUCCAGUGGAGUUUCUUUUCAAAUAAAAAUAAGAAUGUGUAACGUUCAUUGUUCAAGCUUAAACCCUAUACACUGUUAACUCCGGUUCCCUCUACAUUUCCAAACUUAUUUAAGUCAACUUCUUCUUGGAUUCUGUUGUAUGUCAACUUCGGUUAUUUGAUCAGACAUGUCUAGUGUUUUAUAGCUGUGGUGGUUUCGA